CGCGUUCACAGCACACACGCCGGUGUCAGAGCCGGAGCGCUGGCUGCACAGAGAGAGACACACAGGAGAGAGGAGCGGUGCCGCAGGAGGUGGCACGACAUGACCGGUGUUUUUGGAGCGCGCAACACUUUAUUUUAUUUAUUAUUCCGUGACUUUUUGAGGAGCAGCUUGUGACACUCGGACUGAGCUGCUUUGAGAACUGUGGACUUUAGCUACCGAGCAGGAGAACCUCGUGUGCGCAAAAUACGCGGGGACGCAGAGAGGGAGAUACGCGGACUGAGGGGCUCUCAGUCGGAACUUGGCGCACCCUGGAGUCGCCGUUGCUGGAGCGCAGAUAUCGCUCGAAGCCUUCCAGCUGCGGAGCGCACGCAGUAUUGAUCAAGGAGUUUGUUUGUUCACUAUUUUUGGAUGAGUAUCAGCGGCUCUGCUAGAUGGACAGACUGAAAAAGGCGAAAGGGCUGUGCAAAUCUGAAUUUCUUCAAUGACAUGUUGUAGGCACAUCCACCGAUGGUUUAAAAAACGCCGUGGGAUUGUUCCUGAAGUGGGCUAGUUUUUGGCUGUUGCCAGCGUUUUUUUUGGUCCUACACGGGUGUGGAUUUUGUUUUUGUUUUUGGAGGAACAGCAAAAUUGGAAACAAACUUAAAAGCUCUCCGCGAGUUUCUGCAUCAUCCAAGAUGGAUUUUGACUCAUCGUUGAUUGGAUUUUUAAUGGCAAUGUGUCAUCUGGCGUUGAGAGUCAGAGGCGAUGAGGUCACAGAGUGCGGAGGCGUCUUCGAUGCCAGCGAGGCGGGUUACAUCACCUCUCCUGGUUAUCCCCUGGAGUACCCGCCUCACCAGAACUGUCACUGGAUCAUCACGGCGCCGGAGCCUUCGCAGCGCAUCGUCCUCAACUUCAACCCACACUUUGAGAUUGAGAGGCUGGACUGCAAGUACGACUUCAUCGAGAUCCGCGAUGGGGCAUCAGACAACGCUGACGUUCUGGGUCGACACUGCAGCAACAUCGCCCCGGCGCCGAUCAUCUCAUCCGGGCCGUCCCUCCAGAUCAGAUUCGUGUCAGACUAUGCACACCAGGGGGCGGGCUUUUCUCUGCGCUACGAGAUCUUCAAAACAGGGUCGGAAUUCUGCUUCCGCAACUUCACCAGCUCGUCCGGCAUGAUCGAGUCCCCGGGCUUCCCGGAUAAGUACCCGCACAAUCUGGAGUGCUCCUACAUGAUCAUCGCCCCACCCCACAUGGAUAUCACCCUCACGUUCCUGACCUUUGACCUGGAGAACGAUCCCCUGCUGGUGGGAGAGGGGGACUGCAAGUACGACUGGCUGGACGUGUGGGACGGCCUGCCGCAAGUGUCUCCUCUGAUUGGCCGGUACUGCGGGACCAAGAUCCCUCCAGAGAUCCAGUCGUCCUCCGGGCUGCUGUCCCUCUCCUUCCACACAGACAUGGCCGUGGCCAAAGACGGCUUCUCCGCUCGAUACAACAUGACGCACAAAGAAGUCAGCGACUCGUUCCAUUGUAGCAUGGCGCUCGGCAUGGAGUCUGGGAAGAUCAGCGACGAUCAGAUCACCGCUUCCACAACUUUCUACGACAACCGCUGGCUGCCGCGCCAGGCUCGCCUCAACAACGACGACAACGCCUGGACGCCUUCAGAGGACAGCAACAAGGAGUACAUACAGGUUGACCUCCACUUUUUGAAGGUUUUGACAGGCAUUGCCACACAAGGGGCCGUUUCCAAGGAGACACAGAAGUCCUACUAUGUCACUACCUUCAAACUGGAGGUCAGCACCAACGGGGAGGACUGGAUGGUGUACCGGCACGGCAAGAACCACAAGAUUUUCCACGCCAACACAGACCCAGCUGAGGUAGUUCUGAACCGGGUCCCACAGCCAGUGUUGGCCCGGUUUGUGCGCAUCCGACCGCAGACCUGGAGGAACGGCAUCGCCCUGCGCUUCGAGCUCUACGGAUGCCAGAUUACAGAUGCUCCGUGCUCAGACCUGCAGGGCCUGCUGUCCGGCCUGCUCCCUGACGCACAGAUCUCAGCCUCCUCCAGCAGGGACAUGGUGUGGAACCCCGGGACUGCCCGUCUGGUGGCCAGUCGCUCCGGCUGGUUCCCCGCGCCGGCGCAGCCAUUGGCUGGAGAGGAGUGGCUUCAGGUGGACCUCGGUGUGCCGAAGACAGUGCGUGGAGUGAUCACCCAGGGAGCGAGGGGAGGAGACGCAGGAAGCGGGGCGACCACGGAUAACCGCGCAUUUGUUAGGAAGUACAAAGUGGCGCACAGCCUGAAUGGGAAAGAGUGGAACUUCAUCAUGGACAGCAAGACGAGCCUGCCCAAGAUUUUUGAGGGGAACACACACUAUGACACCCCAGAGCUGCGUCAUUUUGAGGAGAUUGUGUCCCAGUACAUUCGGCUGUAUCCAGAGAGGUGGUCUCCUGCAGGAAUCGGGAUGAGAGUAGAGAUACUGGGCUGCGACCUUCCAGAAACCACCACGCCGGCCGACACCGUCACGCCUACUCUGCCCGCCGACAUUGAAACCACCACUGUCCCCGUUACAACUACAGCCGCCACGUCUCCGCCAUCAGACAGUGUGUGUGACUUUGACCAUGGCCUGUGUGGGUGGACGCACGACCCCAACGCUCCUCUGCUCUGGUCCCUGCACAGCAGCGAGCUCAACAGCUAUCUGUACAUGGACGCCAGCCUGAAAACAGAGCAGCAGCGCGCCCGGCUCGUGAGCCCCGUGGUGGUGGCCGACACGGGGCCCCUCUGCCUCCUCUUCUCCUACCAGCUGUCAGGGGAGGCCCAGGGCCACCUGAAGGUCCUGCUGCGCGACGCACACAACGAGGAGACUGUGCUGUGGACGCUGAAAGACGAUCAGGGCCCCGUGUGGAGAGAGGGACGCACCAUCCUUCCUCAAUCCCCUAAAGACUUCCAGGUUGUGAUGGAGGGUUUCUUUGUGCAUGGCACCAGAGGACACAUCUGGAUCGACAACAUCCACAUGAGCCCGAACACGCCGCUGAAGGAGUGUACACAACCCUUUGCAGCAUUUUCUCCAGAAAAUCCAGUUAAGAGACCCAAUGAGUUUGGAGAUGGGCGACUGUUCAGUGGCAGAGACCCGCUCGGUGGAGUUUUACAGUUCCCGGAGCGGAACACAGCGUCCCCGUCAUCCGAGCCUCCGGUGACCCGAGUCUCCGAGAAGGACAACUCGUGGCUGUACACCCUGGACCCCAUCCUGGUCACCAUCAUCGUCAUGAGCUCCCUGGGCGUCCUGCUGGGGGCGGUGUGCGCCGGCCUCCUGCUGUACUGCACCUGCUCCUACAGCGGCCUGUCAUCACGCUCGUCCACCACCCUGGAGAACUACAACUUUGAACUGUACGACGGCCUCAAGCACAAGGUCAAGCUGAACCAACAGCGCUGCUGCACCGAGGCGUGAGGAGAGAGAGAACGAAGAGCCAUCUUGUGAAAAACCUCUCGCUAACUUCUUCAUUUCCUCCACUUUCAGUUUACUUCCUCGGCGGUGCAGAUCUCUGGACACAACGAAAGCCACUUUUUUUUAAGCUCAGAUGAGAACUCCCCGCUUGUGGCGUAGUCCAGUGUUGGUAGUUUUUGUGGUGAAAUGAGAGAAAGACUGGGGUUACCCAUUGCGAGGAUGUUAGGCCUCAAAAAAUAUCUACACAUAUCAAUUACAGAUUCCUGCUCCACCAAAAGAGAACUGUUUAUAAAAGCAUCAUAGAUUUGUAAGAGGUCUAGUUUUGAAGCUGGAUACUGUAAGCUACACACACCGAGUCAGAACACGUCGUGUUGGAAAGGUGGUAGGUUAGGAACGUGCUUAGAAAGCGUCUUUUUUGAUCACAUGUGAACACAGUGGCCUAGAACUUAGCUCCUUUGUGCUGGCUUUUUUUUGUUCCGUCGUAGACUCCGCUACCUAUCAGUUAUCCUCUUAGUUCCUGCGGUAUUUUUAGUCACAGACGUCUAUCGUCUCGGCCAUUCUCUUUCUGUUUUUUCGUUCUGGCCUGUCGCCAAUGUGCGAUAGCAGAUAAGUAGAAAAAUGAGGCAAAGAACAUGUAUGUGUGUGUAGAAGUGGGAGGGGGGGGUAUUUUAACACGUUCUUUUAAUGACAGAGAGAGUUAUUGUUAGAUUUAGUUGUGGGAGACGGUUGUUACUGGUUCCUGUCAAACAGAAGGUCAUGUUUACAUUGUGCGUAAUGGUGAAAGGUCAAGGAGCUUUGGUCGGUGCAACCUAUGGAUUGCUGGUUAAGGGCAGAAAACCACUGAAGAGACAAAGAGAGAGUGAGAGAGACUGUGACUGACAGAGCACUAAAUGAAGCCCCCUGCCUCUCUCUCACAGGGGGGCGACGGACAAACAGGAUCAAAAACAGAAGCAGCUCUUCUCAAGCGACUGACUUACAAAGCCUUAAAAAGCAAACUGUUCACGGAAAUGGUGAAAAAAAGGAACGUUGAGGCGACACCGAGACAAGAGACGAGGUGUCCAUCUCUCUCUCUUUUUAUGUGGACCUCAAAAGCCAUGAUUUAAAGGACCUACCCCCCCGCCCCCCCCCCCCCCCCCACAACCCACAUAUACACACACAUCACCCUCACCUUAAACUACUGGCUGAUUGUGUCCUGCUUUUUAUGCUUUUUUUGUAUUCAUUUUUUUUUUCGGCUCUCGCACAGCAAGGUGAUCAUUCUUUGCGAAAGGGUCUGAGUAGACUCACAAGCCAUGAGAAGGAGAGGGUGAGAGAAGUCUCCCACACACGCACACGCACACACACACAUUACUUCACUUGUAUAUACAGAUGUAUAUACAGAACAUGAAGACACACCCUCUCUUGCUCGAGAGGCACCGAAUGAAGGGAACAGUGACUGCUGCCGAGAGGCCUGACGUAUAUAUUUGAGACCAUGGAUUCACACACAUGCACUCGACAUUUAAUUCCAUCCACCAUUGACAUGUACACACACAUCGUCCCUCUCCUCUGAGGCCCGCUUCUCUGGACCCCACUGACUCUCUUCAAAGUGCCUUGGAGCCUCGGGGAUCCAGCUUGCCUUUGGAGCCGGUAUCAGAAACAGUAACUUGACGCUGACAGUGACGGUCGCAGCGGCCCCUUCCGCCUGGGAGGACCAAACAAUGUUUAAAAGAGAGAAAAAAAAAAAAAAAAGGACAAGAGCCCCGUUUCACACUUCUCGGACUGCUGUCGUUGUUGUUUUAAAGGGGUCUUUGUACAGAAAUGCUCUUUUUAUGAUUGUUAUUAUAAUUAUUGUUAUGAUUAUUUAAUAAAGGAUUUAUACCAUACUGAGGAAAAAUGGUCCGUUUAGCUGCUGAGUUUCCAAAACUUUCGCUGGGAAGGUCAAGUGCAAAAGUUGAGCAUUUAAAAUGUUAAAAACAAAAGUGAUUACAGCCCUGGAUUGAUGCACUGUUUUUGUAGCAUUAUUGACAUUCCUGCAAUACUUGUGGACACAACUAACGGUUUCCUUUCCCCAAACUACAUCUGAGACUUUGAGCCAAACUCUUACUUUUAAUUGCAAAAGGAAUACACACGGGGAAUCUCUCUCUCACACACACACACACACACACACAGACUCAUGUUCUCGGUCUUUUUUCUCUGUCACAUACACAUACAUACAUAAUGCCGUGUUGUCAGCCUGCUACAGUUGGCCUCUAAGCUCCACAUGAUGUCCCAUUAGUCUGGACCUCUGGUGGCCCUCAUUUAGGAGCUCCAACAUCAAAGCUUUGAAGUACCCGACGUAUCAACCGCACACACAUACACACACACACACACUCAUACAGUACACAUGCAAUUACUCUGCUUUCUUUUAUACAGCGUGCUGAGUCUCCCACACAUGGCUCCAUUUAUCCACAUAAGCUUUCCUCACCUAAAUGCAAACCCUGUUAGCAAGU